GGUCAAACUCAGCCGACACUCGAGGUGAUACACCUGUGGACCGCAGCAGCUGUUUGUGUCUGACCAAACCAUGGAGCAGAAUCAAAGAAAAGGUUUCCCUAAAAAAUGAGAGCUGAUGUUAGUAUGAAGGCCACCAGGUCCAAACAGUCUGUCCAGCUGGGACAGGAGGGACGCCAGGCUACCAACAGACGCAACGCACCAUGCCCAGACAGCGCGGACGAAGGAGGUUUGUCAAAGGAUCAGAAGGUCACAGCUGUGGUCCAGCAGUGCAAGCAAGAUGAAGGAAAAAGCCCCCAAACAAGUUCCCCUGCACAGGGCAAAGUUUGCCGCACUUUUGUCCCCUUUCCUGUUCUUAACCCAGAGAGAUUGAGGACAGCCAAAGCCCUUGCAGAAAAAGCUGUCAAGAUGCAUAAGGUAUUCUCUGUCCAGGGCCCUUACCCUGUUGUCAGGGCAGCAUUGAGGACCAGAGGCUGGGUGGAGCGGCGGGUGCAGCGGCCAAACCUUCAUGCUCACCAGCGGCCCAACAAUGAGAGCAGAGCCAGCACUAACGAUGCUGGUGACAGCGAUGACGAUAACUCAGACAAUCUCGAAAAAGAGGUUCCAGAUGGACUAUAUGAUCUCAUGUCUCGCCUGGUGAGGAAUGAAAUGGUUUAUUUCUAUUGGACAAACCGUAGAGACGCCAUCAACACCAACAGCUUGCAAAAAGAACAGAUGACCAAUCAUUUUGCCAAAGCGGGCAGCUUCACCACCAAGGUGGGAUUGUGUGUGAACCUGAGGAACCUGCACUGGUUUGAUUCAGCGGACCCAGACACCUUCUUCCCUCGCUGUUACAGACUAGGAGCACAGGAUGACAAGCAUACUUUCAUUGAGGACUACAGGAGGACCGCCUGCACCAGUUUUUUGAAGUACAUUGUGGAGAGGGAGCAUGGUGUUCAGGGAAAAGCAACCAACGUUCAGGUUCUGCGGAAACGAGGCAAACGGCGAACUAGUCCCAUCGUCCUUUCUCAAAUGAUUAACAGCGCACUCAAAGUAUGCCAAGAGUUUCUAGAGAGUCUGGAGCAUCGGGACAUUGACAUACACUUGGAGACGCCACAGACACUUACAAAGGAGGAGUGGGCAGAGUUUAUCAACGGUUACUACCUUGUUGUUCAUGAAGGAGCAGAGAUGGAGAACAGUGAUCAUUUUGUGAACUGCUGCAAAACCAUGCUGCAGAGGCUGGUGAAGGUCAGCCCACAGCUGGACAUAGACGGCAUACACAACAUCUGGAUCAUCAAACCUGGAGCAAAGUCCAGGGGCAGAGGUAUCAAAUGUGCUUAUCGUCUGGAUCAGAUCCUCAGGCUGGUGAAUGUUGAUCCAAACCUAAUGAAGGAAGGCAAGUGGGUGGUGCAGAAGUACUUGGAGCGCCCUUUGCUGGUCCUUGGCACCAAAUUUGACAUGCGCCAGUGGUUCUUGGUCACCGACUGGAACCCCCUGACUGUGUGGUUCUAUAAAAAGUGCUACUUGCGCUUCUCUACGCAGCCUUUCUCACUAGAUACACUGGACAACUCUGUCCACCUGUGCAAUAACUCCAUCCAGAAGCACCUGAUACCCUCCCAACAACGGCACCGUGGUAUCCCAGCAGACAACAUGUGGUCGGAUGACCAGUUCCGGACUUUUCUAUCCAGCCAGGGCCGAGAAGCUCUGUGGCAGACAGUGGUAGUCCCUGGGAUGAAGAAUGCUGUGAUCCACGCAUUACAAACAACACAGGAUCUGAUGGAGUCACGCAAAAACACAUUUGAGCUCUACGGUGCUGACUUCAUGUUAGGUCAUGACCUGCGUCCAUGGCUGAUAGAAGUCAAUGCAAGUCCCACCAUGGCUCCCUCCACCACUGUGACAGCUCGCCUCUGUACUGCUGUGCAGGAAGACACAUUACGAGUCGUCCUGGACCGGAGGGCAGACCGCACUGCAAACACUGGAGACUUUCAGCUCAUAUAUAGGCAGGCAGCAGUAUACGUGCCACAGUAUGUCGGGGUCAACCUCCUUGUUGAGGGCUACAAGAUCAGACGCCCCUGCUCACUUCCUCCACUGCACUCCUCCAACUGUGCAGCAACAAAACACUGUGGCCCCGUCAAGAAAAAGGACCCUAAAGCAAAAAAAGUAAAGCCUCUGCCUAAGAGGUUGUUAAAGACUGCAGAGACUCAGCUCAAAAACAGCAGCAGUGGGGUUCCACCUCCUCCUCUUCCUCCUGAGCUGCCUGUGCUAGACCCUGAUGAAACCUUCUCACUUCACCUGCCAAUGACUGUGACAUCCAUCCACCUGCCCAUCAGCACCCAGUCUCACUCUGUACCUUUGUGGAAGAGGAGACCAGAGGUAUCAGAGGAGGUCAAACCCUUUACCUCUUUGUCUCUUUCCAAAACUGUCCAGACAAGCAGCACCUUGAGUGCCUAAAAAACAUUAAAAAGGUUUGUUGACCAAAUGAUUCACAAACUCCUUCAGCUUAAACUUUAUUUUUGCCGACCUCACAAUAAGGUCAGACUUUAUUAGAUUACCAUGUCUUUUUUUCACACACACGAUUUUCUUAAAAUGUUAUUGGUUUCAAUGUGAUUAAACACAAAAGUGCCCCCGACAAUUUGGAUAAGCCAAAGAACAGGUUGUCAGCUAUUUGUACCGGGACUAUUUCUUUGGUAGAGUAGUUCCAAUACAUGUUUACAGCCAAGUUUGAAGAUUAUCCAGAGUAAGAGGGAGACUGUUUCAGAAAUGUUGCUGUUGAUUUUCAUAAAGGGCAUUUUCAGUGCUGUGAGCAAAAAUCCCUUCACCUCCUGUGUACUGUGGUGGAGUCAAAAACAGAGGCUAAUAAAAACAAAACA